AUUAUCAUAACUUAUGUUUUUUGACGUAAUGAAUAGAACACUCUCUGAGAAAUCCGUAGUUAUUAGAAUCAAUGAUUUGCCAAUGACACCGUUCUGAUCGCAGAAACACUUAAAGAGCUACAGACAUUGGUGAAUAAGAUAGAAAACUAAAUUUAUGGUAAUAUCGAAAUCAACAAAAAAUGUCCAAAAUGUAUAUUUACACAAUGAAAUUAUCGAUCAAGUUAGCAAAUACAAAUAUUUAGGCACUUUUAUAAAUGAAGACAACGAUAGCUCAGCAGAAUUUAAAAUAAGAAUAGAAAAAGCCAGAUCCAUAUUCACUAAAAUGAAGACAGUGUUCUGCGGAAGAGAUUUGAGCCUUGAAAUGAAACUUCGCCUGAUAAGAUGUUACGUACUUUCUCUACUGUUCUACGGAAUGGAGUCACGGACGUUGAACAAGAUUGAUACCAAAAAAUUAGAGGCAUUUGAACUGUGGAUGUAUCGCAGAAUCCUG